GCUUAGUAAUGUCACACCCUGUCCUUCGAGUUGAAAGACAAGGUCCUGCAUAUUGAUAUUGAACCACUACAUUACUUGCCAUGGCGGCAAGAAAACUUCAAACCGAAAUCGACCGAACGUUGAAGAAGGUCGGCGAAGGCGUUGAGUACUUCGAGAGCGUAUACGACAAGAUGCAGGCUUCUUCGAAUCAAACGCAGAAGGAGAAAUUGGAACUUGACCUAAAAACACAAAUCAAGAAACUUCAGCGAAUGCGCGAUCAAAUCAAAACUUGGUAUGCGAGCAAUGACAUCAAGGAUAAGUCUGCACUGGUCGAAAACCGCAAGUUGAUCGAGACGCAAAUGGAGAAGUUCAAAGCUUGCGAAAAGGAGAUGAAGACGAAAGCAUUCUCCAAAGAAGGUUUGACACAGGCCGCCAAACUUGAUCCAAAGGAGCAAGAAAAGGAGGAAAUCAUGGCAUGGCUUCAGACAAAGGUCGAAGAGUUGCAGAUGCAGAUUGAGCAGGCCGAGGCAGAGAUUGAGUCCCUACAGGGUUCAGGCAAGAAGCGGGGUAAAUCUUCGAGCACUGCUGGGAGAGCAGAAGAGCUAGAGCAUUUGAACGACCGACGGAAGUGGCACAUCAGUCGCCUUGAAAUUGUUCUUCGGCUGCUGAACAAUGGCUCUCUAUUCACAGAAAAAGCUGUCGCUCUGAAAGACGACGUUGCCUACUUCGUGGAAAGCAACACGGAGGAGGAUUUCGACGAGUAUGAAGGAAUAUAUGAUGAGCUAAAUCUUGAUGAGGAAGAAGAGAAAUUCCGUGGCUUGGUGCACGAUGACGAGGACAGCGACGAAUCUGACGAUGCGAGCGAAGAUCUACCUCCCCGGACACCCAACAAGAAACAUGAUGAUGAGAGCACAACAAGUAGUCGGCAUGGUAGUAGUCCAAUAUUGAAGAAAGCGACGACUACACUGAGAAAGGGUUCUGUCGAUGCCAAAGCACAACCAAUAACCAACAUUCUCAAAACAACUGUUCCCCAUCCUGCUCCAGUGCUAGCGGCACCACCACCACGACCUGCAGUGACGUUGCCUCCUAUACGGUAUGCAGCUGCAGCCGCGGCAGCGAUUGCACCAGUACCAACGCCUCCUUCUGCAACUAAAGCGGCUGCGUCAACAAACUCUGGGCCUAAUGCAACACCAGCAUUCUCAAUACCAACAUCCUCCUCACAAGCGUCUCAAGAUCAGGUAUCGGUCGUUCCAUCGUCCCCGAGUUUGACCCACCCUUCGGUCACAAGCCCAAUGCUUUCCUCUGCGGCAUCGGUAUCGCAACAGUUUGACGGCUCGUUCUAUUCCAGCCAAGAGUCGCCGGCAAUGUCUGAAGCUGUAAUAAGCUCCGUAGGUGCUCCCGUAGCAACAUCGUCUCCACAUCGUGCAUCUAUCGCACGGAAAGAUUCAAUAUCAUCUCCCUCGAAAGCUGCGAAUACUACAAUGGAUGCACCUCCGCCAUCACAAUCCCAAACGAACGGGGCUCUCCAAGCAUCAGCUCUUAAUCCUUCCCCGCUCCCCCAACAACUACAGCAAUAUUCAGGUGUCCCUGCGCCAAGCUCACCGGCACCGCAAUCAGCACAAGCACCCCAAUUUCCACCUGGAGUCAAAGUUGCUGUCAACGAACAGUCGCUACUAGUACCACAGCAGAAUGUCCCGACUGCAAGACCGCCGUCAGUCGCACAACAAGCCCCUCGGGCUGUUCCUGGUUCAUUGUCAGAUCUUGUGGUAUCUUUUGAGAACGCAAAACAGAAGGCUGUACAUCGCAUGAACAACUUGGACCAAGUGCAUAAAUUACUCGAAGGGGGCCUGUCAAAUCUGCCUCAGCCUCAAGAUACGGAAAGGCCGAAGUAUUAUGUUCCGCGGAAUCCAUUCAACACGCCCUCGUAUUACCCUCAAAUGCCUAAUCCUUUAUUAAACACACCUGCGAUAUUCGCUCAGCUAGACGUCGAAACACUCUUCUAUGUGUUUUAUUAUCUUCCAGGAACAUAUCAACAGUUCCUUGCCGCCAAGGAACUCAAGCGUCAAUCAUGGCGAUUUCAUGUCAAAUACCUGACGUGGUUUCAACGGCACUCUGAACCACAGGCCAUAACAGAAGAGUAUGAACAGGGUGUAUAUGUCUAUUUUGAUUGGGAAGGCUCUUGGUGCCAGCGGAAAAAGGCCGAUUUCCGCUUCGAAUACAGAUAUCUGUCAGAAGACUAG